UCUGGCAACACUAGACAGUAGGAUAGACACGACAGAAGCAGGUUUACUGUUUGAGAUCUGACAUCAAGGAUCAUACAAACCCGUUGAUUUAAUUCGGCUUUAUUUAAUAUAUGGCCUGCAAAGGACAGAAGAUGGAAGGAAUAUAGAGUUACAAAGCCAUGAUGUGUGUCCCAGCAGGGGGAUGAUGAGGACGACAUUAUUAAGGCGCUCUGUGUCAGUGUGGCUGGUUGUAGUUUCUGUCUGUUGGAUCAGUCUUCAUUAUCAUGUUGGCUGCACAGAGCCACACACACAAGGUCCCGGGGGGCCAGCGGAAAGGUCUCCUGCUCAGAAGGGGGGCGAGAGCUGGGCGGCCCACACCCCGCCUGUGAUGGAGAGCCAGAGAACGCAGCCACAAGAAGAGCAGAACACAGACGCACACACAGAAGAUGGAAGUAAAGGCCAUGAGGAGAUAGCAUCAGAGGAUCGGGAAGAGCCGAUCUCAGAAGUAGGGGUGCAGCCAGAGAUUGUCAGCCCACAGCCCGCGACACAAUCAGGGGGAGAACCGGAAGACCCUGCCCCGGAUACACAAGUCACUGAGGGCCAGGGGGAGGUGGAGACGUCUUCUCCUUCUGCCACCGCUCCUUCCGCUGUCUCCACUGCUAACCCACCCAGAGCCAACCCCUCCACGUCCUCCGGGGAGAGCGUUUCAGACCCGGAUGCCUCUGGUGGUGCCGAAGUGGAGCAGAACGUUGUGGAUCCUCUCCCCCCAACCGACUGUGGUUCAGCUGGUCCCAACCCCUACAAAGACACCAGUCCUCCGGUGGUGAUGGAGAACACUUCAAACGCCUACGCUGCAGGGACUCAGACUCACACAGAACCCUCCGAGGCUGGCCUGGGGGCCAACGCGUCACACAGCGUCAAGGGUCCGAUCCCUCCGUCUGCGGCCCCCGAGACGGACCCCGUUGUGGGCGGCAAGGACCCGGAGGACAUCCCUACCUUCGACGAGUGGAAGAGGAAGAUGAUGGAGGAGAUGGAGGAGGUGGAGAAGGAGCAGGUUCAGGCUAGUCCUUCCCCCACCAAAGGGGGCGCUGGCGGCCAUCUGAUCAAGAAGAUGCCAAAGAACUUUAACAACUACGCCUCAGUGGAGUGCGGCGCAAAAAUCCUAGGUGCCAACCCUGAGGCCAAGAGCACGUCGGCCAUACUGAAGGAGAACAUGGACUUGUACAUGCUGAACCCCUGCAGCAAUAAGAUAUGGUUCAUCAUCGAGCUCUGUGAGCCCAUCCAGGUGACCCAGUUGGACAUCGCUAACUUUGAGCUCUUCUCCUCCACCCCCCAGGACUUCCUGGUCUCCAUCAGUAACAGGUAUCCGACCAAUAAGUGGUUGAAACUAGGCACCUUUCAUGGGAGGGAUGAGCGCACAGUCCAGAGCUUCCCAUUGGAUGAGCACCUGUAUGCCAAAUACAUCAAGAUGUUCUCCAAAUACAUCAAGGUAGAGCUGGUCUCUCACUUUGGCUCAGAACAUUUCUGUCCUCUAAGCCUUGUAAGGGUGUUUGGAACCAGCAUGGUGGAGGAAUACGAGGAGAACACGGAUCCACACGAUCGGACCGACGACCAGGACUUUGACCUGGAAUAUCCUCCUGGGUAUGUGGCUGGUGAAUUGAAGUUUUCCAAAGAUCUGAUUGGUUCAGCCAAGGAGGUCCUUCUGAACAUGGUGACAGACUUUGCUGUCAACGUUCUGGGUGGAGGCAACGCUUCGACCCAGGAGGUGGACUCUACCGAACUAUCAGAGCAGGACUCAAUGAAUCAGACUCAAACAAUCACAACGCCAAACUCUCUCCCAGGGCAUGAAGCUGAAGGGAUGGAAGGCCUCGCCGACACGGGCAUCUCUCUGGAAGAAGAGACCCCGUCUCCAGAAGAGACCCCUUCUCCAGAAGAGAGCCCCUCUCCAGAAGAGACCCUCUCUCCAGAUGGGAUCCCCUCUCCAGAAGGGACCCUCUCUCCAGAAGAGACCCGCUCUCCGGUUGGGAUCCCCUCUCCAGAAGGGACCCUCUCUCCAGAUGGGACCCCCUCUCCAGAAGAGACCCUCUCCCUCGAGGAGGUCCCCACAGAGCCCACCCAUCCUGAGCCCCCUCCCUCGGAGGAGGAUCAGAUCGUCACUCCACUGCCACACGAGGAGGAAGAACCAAUUGGCCCCACCAUUAUCCUCCUGGAAGAGGAAGAGGAGGAGGAGGAGGAGAUGACCUCGGUCUACUGUGCCCACUCGCUGCCGUCCCCCUCCUGGUCGUGUGCGCCCUCCUUCCCAGAGUACCUCCGGCAGCAGUGCUCCGCUACACGGUCCAAGAAGAGAGGGUACCAGACCCCCGGGGGGGGGACCCUUCCGCUUCCUCCUCCUCCUCCGCCAGCCUCCUCAGCCUUGCUGCCUCCCCUCCCCACCUUCGCCUGCCCUGCGCCGACACCACCCCCAACCCCCACCCCAACGCCGCCGCCUGCCCCUCAGACCAACGUCCACCCCCUCGCACCAGCCCCACCCCUGGGGGAAGGACGAGAGGGGGAACCAAGUGGUCCCCGUCCUUCAGAGGCCACGGGGGGGUCGGUGGUGGCGCGCAGUGUGGAAGGGCCCGGUCCUCAGCCCACGCCCCUCCUGGAGCCCGGCCAGACGCCCAUGCUCCCGGCCGCUAGGGCCACCGCCUCCUGGCCCGUUCCUCCUCCUGCUGCUCCUCCCCCCAAACAGCCUUCCUCGGCAGAGACUCUCGGGGGGACUGGGAGAGGAGCAGCUGAGCGUGUGCAGGAGGAGGAGCCUCAGGGGGAGGAGCCUCGGGAGGAGGAGCCUCGGGAGGAGGAGCCUCAGGGGGAGGAGCCUCAGGAGGCGGAGUCUAAUGAGCCACAGGAGUCUGCCGUGGCCGUUCCGCUCUCCCCGCACACAGACAGUCGUCCUCACCCUCCGGCCCCGUGGCCCGCGGAGGAGCCGGCUCCGUCUGCUGAGGUGGCUCCAAAAGAAAGGCUUCAGGACACGACCAAGGGGCCCUCACACACACCGCCCCCUGUCAACACGGACCCCGAAGAGUCCUGGUUCCCCCAGGAGCUGGUUCCCCUUUCUAGGGGCGAUGGUGACGGUGGAGCGGGUGAUGGUGGAGGUGGAGGUAUUGAUAGUGGAGGAGCUGGUAGUGAUGGUGCAGGAGCUCGUCGUGAUGGUGGUGGAGCUGGUAGUGAUGGUGGAGGAGUGGGUAGUGAUGGUGGAGGAGCUGGUAGUGAUGGUGGAGGUGAAGGUAGUGACGAUGGGGGUGGAGUAGUGGGUAGUGAUGGAGGGGGAGCGGGAAGUGAUGGAGGGGGAGCGGGUAGUGAUGGGGAGCAGAGCGACCUUCGCCAGGCGAGCAGCAGCCAUUCAGCGCAGGCGCCCAGCCUGAAGGAGUCGGUGUUCAUGAGGCUCAGUAACCGCAUCAAGUCCCUGGAGAUGAACAUGUCCCUCAGCGGACGCUACCUGGAGCAGCUCAGCCAGAGAUACAGGAAGCAGAUGGAGGAGAUGCAGAGGGCGUUCAACAAGACGGUCUUGAAGCUGCAGAACACGUCUCGUGUGGCAGAGGAGCAGGAGCAACGGCAGACGGACUCCAUCAGGGCACUGGGAGGCCAGCUGGAGAACAUCACUGAGCUGGUGCUGGGCCUGUCCCUCAGAGUCCACCUCCUGCAGAGCCAGGUGUCGGACGGAACGAGCUACCUGCUGAUGUGUCUGCUGCUGUGUGUGUUGCUGGGUACUGCGGUGGUGGCCACCCACCUCAGCACCUCCUCCGCCCCAACCCCACCCCUACCACCACCACCACCACCAAGACCGCCUUCCCAGAGCCAAGAGUUUAGGCCUCUGUCCAGGAGCCAAAGCAGCCACUGCUGCCCUGAGAGACCAUUGAAGUCAGUGUGUGGUGAUGUCCUCUUGCCCAGGCGUGCUUCCUAUCCUCUCCUCCACUGUGACCCCUUCCAGCUGGCUACAGACCCUCCAAAGGAUUGCCCUCAGGAAUCUACAGACAACAAAGCGUCGAUCCAUCAGGAGGUCAGCAGAGCGAGCGUUGAGGGGGGGGUCCCGGCAGACCCCACCGACGCGCCCGCCCCGUGGUCCCAGGCCGUGGCGCGCCCCCCCGGCGCCCUGCCCCCGCUGACCUGCAUCGGCGCCUUGCCGUCGGGCUCGGCGGGCGGCCACUGGGUGCGGACGCUGCGGCCCGCCUUCACGGACUACCGCUCAGAGGGCAGCUCGGAGGGGAGCUCCUCCCACUCCGACGAGCCCUCCUUCUGCGGCGUGGCGGCCGGGGUCUGCCCCCGGGGGCUCUGCCCGGGGCUGUCCCCGUUGCCCCCGGCGACGGCCACCCAGCCCUCGUCCUCGUCCGGCGCCGGCCGGGCGGGGAGGCGGGCGUGGCGACGCAGGCGCUCUAAGCCGGCUCUCGCCGUGGUGGAGCUGCUGCGGCCCCCCCGCGCCCCCGUCACCAGCAGCCGCCACCUGCCCGGCUCCCCUCUGCCGGACCUGGCCCGGCACGGGGCCGCACACACGGGGGGCCCUUGCCACGGGGGCCCCGGGAGGACUCUCUCAGGACACACGGAGGAGGUCCACCGUGCUUUACAUCUGUAGGACUGACGUUUACCUCCUCUCCAAAAGCCGCAGGCAGCUUGAU